AAACCACACACACACACACACACACACGCACACACACACACACACACAGCGACCCGAGUGCUCGUGCCCAGGUGAGCAGUGUUUGCUGCUGUGCAGUGCAGAUGGAGGACUCACGCAGAGCAGAGCAGCAGGAGAACAGCGCGAUAAAGGAAACUGACAUCUGUAAGCUCACAGUGCAUGACUACAACCAGAAUCUAGUCACCGAGACGCUAAACGAUAUCGCCAACAAGCCUGCAGUGAUUUGUGGAAAGCAGUGCCAGAUAAGGCCAGAUUCCAGCAGGCUUUUAGGAGAGAAGAUCGAAGUCAUCAAGGUGUAUCUUGAACGAGGCAGACAGGAGCAGGACAAGGAGCAACAAAGUGUCACAAUGCUGACUGACGAGGUUUCACAAAUACAGGAGGUGAGAUAUUGCCUGAAGACUCUGAGGGAACAGAUGGCAGCCCGAAAUAAUAACAAUAACAAGAGUCCAGCCAAUGGGAUCCGAGUUAAUAUGCCCAGCAGCAAAUCCCCUGUCUCCAACGCCGGUGUGGACGCGCAUGUCCCUGAGAGCCAGGAGCAAGAGUGUGUGAGGUUGAGAGAGAUGACCAAACGUCUAUAUGCUCAGCUGCAGGAGGUAGAACAGAGACACCAGGAGGACAUAGAGGCAUUGCAGGCAGAGAACAGAGAGUGCCUGCGGCGUUUGGAGGAGCAAAACCAGCAUCUGAGGCAGGCCCAGAACGAGGCAGAGGGGCGGGGCCAACGCAUUGAGGAGCUGCAGACACUUCUAGGAAAUCUGAAGCUUGAGAAUGCCAGCCUUCAUGACAAAAUGGCUGCAGGCGAGGCUGAACUUCAGGAUCUCAGAGCACUGAAGGAAGGGGAAGAUGAGAAAAGAUGUAAACAACUGGAAAAAGAGCAGGCCGUUCUGAAGGAAAAAAUCCAUCACCUAGAUGACAUGUUAAAGAGCCAACAGAGGAAAGUGAGACACAUGAUCGAGCAGCUUCAGAACUCUCGGACUAUGAUGGAGGAGCGCAACCGUCUGAUUGGCGAUCUAGAGGAAAAAGUGGGUUUUCUGGAGGCAGAGAACAGAGAGAUGCGGGACCAGAUAGAGUUCUGUCUGGGUGAUCAGACACCCAGCUCUUUUCAGUCAGAGAAGGAAGCUCAGAUUGUCUACAGCAAGCCUUUGACACCAACGAGCCCCGGAAACAAGUCUCUGCCCUUCAUCAAAGUGAUCGAGAUCAAGUCCUGAGCACACACACAGAGGAAGCUGUGAGGCAUGCAUAUACAGUAUACAUGUACCUCAUUAUAUUUUUCAUGUAACAUCAGUUACAGAAUGAGGCUGUACAGACAGAAAUCAAUCAUUUACAGAACACCUUAAUAGCUUCUUUAGUAAAAUAAAACUAAUAAAUAAUAGCUUAUUUGUUUUAAUUAUAGCAUAAUUUGUUACACACAUGAUCAUAGAUCAGACAAAAAAUAAGGGCCAGUGGUGAAAAUUAAGUAUUUAGAUUUUAAUCUAUCGUCAUCAACAUUAAAAACACCCCAGAACACCCAGUUACUGUUUCAAUACAAACCAUGUAAAUAGAAUGUGUGUGUGUGUGUGUGUGUGUGUUUGUACAGUAUGAAUAUAAUAAUGCUGGUUAAAUGAGUGCUAGACCCAUCUAUUCUGCCAGCUCCCAUAUUAAAUGUGAAAUAUAAACACCUCCCGCUGUUAAUAGAAGCUGUAUAGUUAAUAUUUUGCUAUAUAUUAUGAUGUAGUUCUGUAUUUAUAUCAUGAAUUUUGUGGGUCCAAAUAAAGUUAAGUGAAAGUUU